AUGUUGGAAGAGAUUCAGUCGAAUAAGAGGAAGCAGGUUGAGGGGGGAGACUUGGGAGAGUCAUGCGAGCAGGUGAAGAGGACGAAGUUGGUCCCAAUUGGGGAAGCAGCGGCAGAAGCGGCAGCGUGGGAAAAGGCAGACCAGGUAAAGAUUGAAAAGGAUGACCCGAUUGGAAAGGAAAUGUCCGGUCAGAUGAAGGCAGAGACGCAUGACCCGAUGAGCAAUAAAACAGCCGCUCAGGUGAAGGCAGAGAAGCAUGACCCGAUUAGCAACGAAACAACCAACCAGGUGAAGACAGAGAAGCAUGACCCCCCGUCUGCUUCUCCCCCCCUGGUGUGUGCAGCGGAGGGAAAGGAAAAAAUCGGCGCGACCACUUUAAAGGCGAGCGAAAGUGCCCAACCGGGGGAAACAAGAGAAGAGGAAGUAAAAACAAUCGUUACAUGGAAUAUGAAUAGCAUAACGGUGAGAUACAAAAAUAGAGACAAAUGGAAUUCCUUCAUGAAUUUCUUCAACCGAAUCAAUGCCGACGUGUUGUGCUUUCAGGAGGUACGAUUACCAGCCCUGAACCUAUUUGACGUGAAGAAUGCAAAGGAUGGAAAAAGGGACAGAGGGAGAGUAAAAAACACAGAUCAGAAGAGUCAAGUCGAUUUUGAAAUAAUGGAUGCCAUUUUGAAAGAAGACUUCCGCAAUUACAAUGCGUAUUUCAGUUUGGCCAAUAUAAAAUAUAGUGGCCAGCUCGUCUUGAUAAAGAAGAGCAUACCGGUGAAGUCCAUCCGAUACAAUCUCUCCUUUGAUACCGACCCAAGUGAACAUCAUCAGGAGGGAAGAGUCAUCAUUGCUGAGUUUAGCAAAUUUUUUCUCUUAAGUACCUAUACGCCGAACAACGGGUUUGAUACGGUCAAAUUUGAAAGAAGGAGACUCUUCGAUGAGCAGUUAAAAGAGUUCGUGUCUGUACUGAGGAAUAAGAAGAAGCACUUGGUAUGGACAGGCGAUCUUAACAUCGCACCGGAAGACAUCGACUUAUCUCACCCCGCUGAAUUUAGAAGAAUAAAAAAGGGCAAUGUGCGAAAGGAGUUCAUUGGGCAUCCUGGCUGCACGGACUUCGAACGGAAGAAUUUUAAGGCCAUCCUCUCCGCGGGGGAUUUGAUUGACUCGUACAGGCACUUGGCCAGGCUAAGAGGCAAGGAGGGGGAGCCCGGCAAAGGGGGGCCCAGAAAAGGAGCCGCUAACAUAAACGACAACAUAUACACGUGGCGGUGCCACUUCCUCAUGGGGAGGAGCUGCAACAAUGCCAUGCGCAUCGAUCACUUCAUCGUGUCCAGGGGAUUCAUGCCGAACGUGCAAAGCGUGGAAAUCCACGGGUACAGCGUGUUUCACAGGAACUUCUACGGCUCAGACCACUGCCCGGUGAUACUACACCUGCGGGGGGGCGAAGCCACUGAAGAAGUCGGGGAAGAGGCCCCCCAACAAGUGGACUAA